AUGAUGAAAAGAUACCGUCUAAUUGAAAUUGAUGGCCACAAUCCUCUGGACCCUCCGCGUCGUCUACUUGAUGAAAUAUUGAAUGAUAAGACUUUAGAUGUUGAUUCUAAACGUCAAUUCUUUCAAGAUUUAUUAUAUCGAGUGAAAAAUUUACCACACUUGCGUAUAAUUGACAGAAAUGUCUUAAAGACCUUUGACGAGCUCGUGAAGAAUUAUGAGAAAACCCCCAACUUGAAACAAAUGUCUGAAGCAAAACCACCAGUAGAUGAAAAAUAUUAUGAUGAGGGAAACAUUGCGGAAAUGGAUGAUACUCAAAAAAGUUAUACAUCAUAUGAAGACGAAAGCGAUUCUGAUAUGAGCACUACGCUAUCACCUGCAAUUCCAACACCAGAACAACCAUCUACUGACACACCUCUUUCUUCCCCGAUAGCAACAAAACCUAUCACUCGCCAGACUGUAAAACAAACGACAGGGCAGCAAUACAUCGUACCAGUAAAACCACGAAUAAAACCAGCAAGACUACCGGCGAUCCCAAUAUUCAGAAAAGGAAAAGGUACAAAUAGGCUGACUAUUCGUUUGUGGAGAUAA